AUGGAGAAAAGAGAAGAGAAGAUGGAGAAAAGAGAAGAGAAGAAGAAGAAAAGAGAAGAGAAGAAGAAGAAAAGAGAAGAGAAGAAGAAGAAAAGAGAAGAAGAAGAAGAGAAGGAGGACUUGUGUUGUGGCACGUGUUAUGAAAUGUCUGUUCUUGGAGGAAUGGGAUCAAGUCAAGACUCCAGCAGACCGGAGUUGUUGGAAGAAGUUAAGCUCUUCCGCAAUGCCCGUGAGAGAGAAAAACAUGAUAAUAUGGCCGAUCUGUAUGCGGUGGUCAAUACUUUACAACACCUAGAGAAAGCAUAUAUUCGUGAUUGUGUUACUCCCAAGGAGUACACUGCUGCUUGUUCAAAAUUACUUGUGCAGUAUAAGGCUGCUUUCAGACAAGUGCAAGGAGGAGACUUCCCGACUAUUGAAGCAUUUGUUAAGAAAUUCAGAUUGGAUUGCCCUGCUGCUCUGGAAAGAAUAAAGGAAGAUAGACCUAUUACCAUCAAAGAUGAUAAAGGAAACACCAGCAAAUGCAUUGCAGAUAUUGUUUCUCUUUUUAUAACAAUUAUGGACAAGUUACGACUAGAAAUUCGUGCCAUGGAUGAGCUACAGCCUGAUCUGAGAGAUCUAAUGGAUACAAUGACUCGUUUAAGUUUAAUUCCAGCUGACUUUGAGGGAAAGCAGAAGGUCAGUGAAUGGCUCUCUCGCCUCUCAAACAUGCAGGCAUCAGAUGAGUUAUCUGACACACAGGCUCGUCAACUUCUUUUUGAUUUGGAAACAUCAUAUAAUGCCUUUAACAGACUGCUUCAUCAUUCAUAACCAUUAAAAAUUGCCAAAAUCUUGGCUUUGGUGUGUGUGCCUGGAAAAAAGGGGAAAUUGAUGUUCCUUCUCAUCUUUGGCACUGCAUGUAAAAUUGAAUUGCGUGACCUGUUUGGUGUGUCUGUGCAACUGUCUCUGAACCAGUUGUGAUAUUGUUAUUAAAAUGCCUUUCCUGAUUAUUACAUAGAUGUAAGGUUUCAGCCUACAUCCUUGGUUGUAGUUUUAUUGCAUAUAGUACACUUAUAAUGGAAAUAUUAAUAUAUUAUAUUUUGAAGAAAAUGUCACGUUUAUACUUAUAGAAUCCUGUAUUGUAACCAAAACAAGCAUAGUUUUAUGAAUAUAAACUUUUUAACUAUUCUUUUGUUUCUUCUCUACAGUAAAACAUCACUAUUGGCAAAAUCCCUUAGCCGUUUUCUAACCAUGCAUUGUUUAACAGAUAUUUCAGAUUGAUGAAAAUCAAAUUCUAAUUUUGUGUGUAUUGUGAAUAUUGUAUCUUUCUGUAAAAGACACUUACCUGGAAGUUCAACAAUUUCUGACCAAAAGGAAAUUAUGUGGAUAAGAGAACUCGUGUAAAGUUUCUUGCCUUGAUGUGAAGUUGACAAUGACUGAUACUUCUGUAGCAUUAAAAUUGCUGCUAAGGCGGUUGAAUUAUGUAAUCAUAUACUAGUUUUUAUUGUCUUGUAGAAAGACUGUAAAUAUAUUAUUUCAUUUUCAUGUGUGUUUUUUCAUUGUGGGAAGAUGGGUGUGUAAAUUGGUACUUGAUUGUAAAUUGAUUUGUUGGUUUUAAAAACUGAUCAUAUCAUGCUGUUUCAAUAUAUUAGUUGAUGUCAGAUUAUCAGUUGGAAAAACAUUUGCUAUUAUUCUUAGGUCAUCAGGCACUGAUUGUAACAUCAGAGUACAGCUUAUUUUUCAGAAACCUUUGGUAAGGAAUUUGUUUGAAAACUUGGUAUACAAAUUUCCUAUAAAUUUCACUACUUUGUUAAUAUUUUCUUUUCUUGCACCUCAUGUGUCACUAUCCUUAAUGUAAGGGUAAAAUGGAUUUAAAAUGAAAAAUUAUUUUCUCACACAUGGGAUUACUUCAAUAAUUUGAACUAAUUGUGAGAACAGGAUAUUUCUAUGUGGGUGACAUAUACGCUUUCUCUCAGCAGUGACACACUGUAAACGUAAGCUCCUAAAUUCGCACUUGCUAUUCUUUGAUAUGUGUAAUAAUGUCCCUAGUGAUUUGAACAAUUACUCACAGUUCAGUAUCACUGUAGUUCAGGGGCUCCUGUUGACUCUUGCGUUUCCUGAUGUUGAUCACCUAUUUCAAAAGUAUGGAGAAUUCUUAAUUGCUAAUAACUGUUAGCUUAGUGCUUGCAAUCUGGAGCAUAUAUGUAGCUUGAGUAAUUCUGUGUGAGCCUGUAAAAUAUGGGUUCUCUCUUCUUCAGGUCGUCAUCAUUUUCCAUUGAUAGUAAGUGAUGGUGGGUAAAUGUAAAUGACAAUGUAUGGUAUAAUGUAGGUCUACCAUUACAUUAACAGUUUCUAAUUUCACAGUUAAUUUCAUAUGACAAAAUAUUUUGUUAAAGUACAGCAGCUACAAAGAGAGUCAGUAACACCCAAAUAUUCUAUGAAUUCAUUAAAUAAUAUUGACAUCUUUACAAUAAUUACAAUGAAGACCAAUUUGGAGAGAUUGUGGAGAAUAUAAUUAAUGUACAUGUGUUCUUGAGAAUUGGCCUGAGGAGCGGGUGUACUACUAAUGCAUUGCUCUGAGGAUUGUGAAUCUCUUGGUAAUCACAAGAAGCUCAAUGAGGCUGAUGAAGCCCAGUAGUCCUAUAAUUGUUAUUAUAAUUUCAACAUUUAUUAAUUUAUUUAAUUUUUAUCACACUGUAUUGUUUUCAAUUUUACAAGUUAAUAUGUUUUCAAAAUUAAUAGUCACAGUAUGCCACAGUGUAUUAUGUCAUGUUCUGAGGCACCGUGGGAAAGUGGGCUAGAGCCAAUGUGAACAGUCAAGUAUUGAAGGCUACAAGUCUUAUCUAAAUGUGUUGAUACAAUUGAUUGUAUGAAACCAUAUACACAGAAACAUGUCAAGAAUUUUUUAUAGGGGUCCAUGAUUUUUUAACUUCUUUGUACUGGGUCCUGGAUUUUCUAUCAGUGACACUGGUUGCCAGCAACAGUUUCAGAAAUCUCACAUUUUCUCCAGAAUUAAUAAACUGAUAUUGAUCUUGUGCAAAUUUGAAAGGAAGUGCAUUUUAGGAGGGCCAGAAUUUUUAGGUUUUUUCUUUGUACUUUCUUGUAAAUGUAUGUGUAUACAGAAUAAUACAUGUAGUGUAGAGAAAAUUAUGUAAUUGAAUUCAAUUGAAUUGAAUUUGCCUUAUUUUACGUAGC